UUACCGGAAGUAGUCUUUACUGUUAUUGUUGGAUUUGUUAUUCUUUUCUAACGUCAGUUUGAAGUCAUAAUACAUUAAAUGGCAACCUGAAUGCAGACAUUAGCCCAAUUAAUAUGUCGAUCAAGAUUGGAACAUUUGGUUAAUUAGACCCAAUGUCUCUUUCGCGAUGGAAAACGUGAGAAGACAACAUAGUUUACUUAUAGGCCUAUAUGUACAUUAGACCAGCAUCACGUACGAACGAGUAAAUCCCAUAUGCGGCUACUUGGAUGGUAAGUUGCCAUGGAGACUGAGAUAAAGCAGGAAGAUGUGGAAGAAGACAGACCCUUUAAGUCCCGAGUGGCGUCCAACACAUCUGAUGGUGCUCAGAUGACAAGGAAAGACGGUCACGGGAAGCUUGCUGAGGUAGACGACUUUAUUGUUGUGAAGACGGAAAACGAGGACAUAAGGAUAAGCAGAGAAGUGGAACAAGAAUCUGGAGAAUCUGGCGAUGGAUCAAACCAGUCACAGGGGGCUUCAGCGAGUGGAGAUUCCGGACACAUCCCCUCAGACGUGAACGUGAUUAGAGCUUCGGACCUUCCCAGUGAGAGGUUCUACCACAAUGGAAAGGAGCUGGACCUUGGAGAUGUACUGACAACCAUGACAGGCCAACAAGAAAGUACGGAUGUCUCGGAGGGGGAAGGUGAAGAAGAGGAGGAGAUGGAAGUUGAGGAGGAGGAGGGGGAGGAAGAAAUUGAGAAAGAUGAUGACGAGCAUGAUGAUGAUGAUGAAGAAGAAGGGGAAGGAGUAGAGUCUUGUGGAAAGAAGAAGAGAGUCGGAAAAGCAGCAAAGAAAUGGAAGACGUCUUCAAGCUUCGAUCCCAAACCUCAGGAACAACGCUUCAACAUGGGUGGUCUCACCAUGAAGUAUCUGACAGAUUCCCAAAGGAAGAUUGUAGAGAGGUUGGUAGAGAGCAAUAUUAAUGUCUUCAGGACAAUAACAUCGUCGGUUGAGCAACGGGAGAAGAAGAUGUCACUGUGGCGAACUAUAGCCAGAGAGGUGAACUGUGAACCCAGCAGAAGGGAGAUAACUCCAGAGGAACUCGUGACAAUAUGGAGUAAACAUUUGUUUCUGAAACAUGUGUAUUCCAGGAAAAGUCUAAUAGUGACCAAGGAAUCUGAUGCUAGAGGAAAUGGUGGCCCCACGCAGGUCUUCAAGACACUCAUUGCUAAAAGAGGAGCACCGCAGAAGAACAAGAAGAACAUGGUUCCCUCUGUACAGGAUUCCAGGAAAGGCCCUUCCAGCCAAUCACGUGACCUAUCUGAGGAAGAGGCGCGGGUAUUUGAUGAGCAGAUCGCACAGUUUAGGAAGGUGUUUACAACACUGCACACCGUCUCGGAUCAGAAGCGAAGCGUGAAACUGAAGGAAGUGUGGUCGGAGAUCACAAUGAAGGUCAAUGAGGUCACCAAGGGACCUUGGAGAUCAGUCAAUGAACUUCAGAGAAGAUGGACGAUGUCGCUGAUCAAGCAGAAGACAUCUUUGUCCGUCGGUCGGCAGGUGCAUCAGCUUGUUGGUAGUGAGAGCAGGGAGACAUCUGAGACAGCUGAUCUGUCGGAGCCUCCUGGAGAUGUUCCAAUUAAGAUCGAGAUCGACAACGCGGAGUCGCAACAGAGUGAGAUCAUCCAUGUGGUCAGGAACAGAGAUGUGGAAACAGAGACAACCACUGCAACAGGAACAGCACCCACAGCGGGGACGGUGUCAGUACCUCGACGUCAUCAGCCACAUCACAGGGAGGUGGUUACAGGAACAGACUCAGACUCCUCCGGGGAGGGACCGGUCACCGUGAAGGAGGAGCCCCUCGACGACUCCAUCAGUCAGCCUGGGAUCCCUCAUCCCCACAAAGAUAACAUGGGCUCAAAAGGCAUGGCAAUGCGAGGCAGGGAUGUGGCUUACAUACAGGAACAAGUGAAGAUACAUGGAAAGCUGUUUGUGGACGACACAAGCCGAGCGGCUCAGGCUGGUGUGAUGAAGGAGAUCACCAGGACACUGAACAGGAAGCACAACACCAGCUACACUCGCGAACACGUGACGGCUGUCGCCACAGACUUCAUACGUAAACUGUCACAUGUCAGUAAACGAAAGCAUUCAUUGGACAAGGAGCAAUCUGCCAAGAGAAUCAGGAUUCACAAAAGCAAGGAUGUUUCAGUGACUAAACUUCCUGACAAGUGACAAGCCCUGCGAUAGAUCAUCACUCAUUACUGGAUAUCAUGGACAGGAAUGGCUUGUCUCUGACUUAGGAUCAGGAGUCCUGUCAUUCACAGUAGCCUCUGUGAAGUGCCUGGAAUCUGGCUGCUGGCCAUGUGGAUAGCCUGAUGUACAAAGACUGUCAGCAGUGGCCACCUUGGAGGAUGAUGCAGUAUGAGGUGGUGUUAGUAUUUGAAGAAGCUUCACUGAUUGGUAGUGGCCAUCUUGGAAGACGAAACCUACCAGUAUGACAUUGAGUGGAACCAUCAAAAAGACGAUGCUGUAUGUGCCACUAUGUGGUGACUUGAGUUUGUAGAGAUAGUACUAUAAGUGUGCCUGUAUGUGGUAACUUGAGUUUGUAGAGAGUACUAUAAGUGUGGGUGUAUGUGGUGACUUGUUUGAGAAGAUACUGCAAUCCGAGAUUGUGGUCAUCUUGAAAGAUGCUGCUGUGGUGGCUUCUUUGUGAAAUGUUACUGUGAUUGUGGACAUGAGAAGACAUGGAAAUGGUGCUCAAAGAGGUGGUUUAUCCAGGAAAGCCUACUCUAUUUAUGUAUUGACUUGAGUUUGGAGAUAACAAUCAGCUAUUGUGGCCAUCUUGACAUUCAUCAAGGAGGUCCACAAGGAGGUCCACAAGGAGGUCCACAAGGAGGUCCACACAUCUGGAAAGACCACACUUGUGUGGUGACUUGUGCUACAGUCAGGUAUUGUGGCCAUCUUGACAUUCAUCAAGGAAGUCCACAAGGAGGUCCACAAGGAGGUCUACACAUCUGGAAAGACCCCACCUGUGUGGUGACUUGUGCUACAGUCAGGUAUUGUGGCCAUCUUGACAUUCAUCAAGGAAGUCCACAAGGAGGUCCACAAGGAGGUCCACACAUCUGGAAAGACCACACUUGUGUGGUGACUUGUGCUACAGUCAGGUAUUGUGGCCAUCUUGACAUUCAUCAAGGAAGUCCACAAGGAGGUCCACAAGGAGGUCCACAAGGAGGUCCACAAGGAGGUCUACACAUCUGGAAAGACCACACUUGUGUGGUGACUUGUGCUACAGUCAGGUUUUGUGGCCAUCUUGACAUUCAUCAAGGAAGUCCACAAGGAGGUCCACAAGGAGGUCCACAAUGAGGUCCACACAUCUGGAAAGACCACACUUGUGUGGUGACUUGUGCUACAGUCAGGUAUUGUGGCCAUCUUGACAUUCAUCAAGGAAGUCCACAAGGAGGUCCACAAGGAGGUCUACACAUCUGGAAAGACCACACUUGUGUGGUGACUUGUGCUACAGUCAGGUAUUGUGGCCAUCUUGACAUUCAUCAAGGAAGUCCACAAGGAGGUCUACACAUCUGGAAAGACCCCACCUGUGUGGUGACUUGUGCUGCAAUCAGGUAUUGUGGCCAUCUUGACAUUCAUCAAGGAGGUCCACAAGGAGGUCCACAAGGAGGUCCACACAUCUGGAAAGACCACACUUGUGUGGUGACUUUUGUUACAGUCAGGUAUUGUGGCCAUCUUGACAUUCAUCAAGGAGGUCCACAAGGAGGUCCACAAGGAGGUCUGCACAUCUGGAAAGACCACACUUGUGUGGUGACUUGUGCUGCAGUCAGGUAUUGUGGCCAUCUUUGACAGCUGACCAUCACUGAUACUCAGCUUGAUUUAUAAUUAUUUGAUUUGUUUCUUGUCAAACAGAUCCUUGGUUCAUAUUCACAGACGUCAUUGGAAUCACACAAGGGACAACUGGCGCUGUUGUCCUAACCAAGGAGGCAGUGAUGUUACUUGAAAAUAAAAUAAGCCAGAACCUCAAAAUCCAUUGUGUUAAAGUAGAGAUUAGAUAUGUGAACAUGGUCAAGGAAUGAUGUCAAGGUGGGAUGACGUCUGAUUCGCUUUAUCACAGAUAUGACUGAUGUACUUGAUUAGGAUUACUGGUAACAGAAUAUGGUGCAAUAUAUUGGGCAUGAUAUUCAUGUCAUUAUUAAAAUGUUUUGAGAAGUG